AUGGCUAACCACAGCCUCUACGAUACGUCGCUUCCGCCGCUGCCGGCCUACUCGCUGCAGCCAAAGCCUGAUCUGUUCCCAUGGAUCUCCGACCUGUGGCUGUCGCUGCUGCUCCCCGUGGCCGUCUACUGGGCGACGUCGCUCUUCUUCCACGCCAUCGACAUGCUCGACCUCUUCCCCCAGUUCCGCCUGCACACGCCGGAAGAAAUCACCUCGCGCAACCACGCGACACGCUACGAGGUCUUCCGCGAUGUCAUCGUCCAGCAGAUCAUCCAGGUGACGACGGGCUAUGCUCUGGCCGUCACCGAGCCCCAGGAGAUGAUUGGCAAGGCCGACUACGACAUCGCCGUCUGGGCCACUCGCCUCCGCCUCGCCCAGCGUGCGCUGCCCGGUCUGCUCGGCCUUGUUGGGCUCAAUGCCACCGCCAUCUCCAAGAGCAUGUCUGCUUCAUACCCGCUCCUUGCUGGUGCUCUGGCUGGAGGCUACUAUCCCUCUGAAACCGCCUCCAGCGCGCCGUCCUUUACUGCGUGGGAACUUGCUGUUGCAAAGGCCAUCUACCACGUGCUCAUUCCAGCUCUUCAAUACUUUGUUGCCAUCUUCAUUCUCGACACCUGGCAGUACUUCCUCCACCGAUUGAUGCAUGUCAACCGCUGGCUGUACACCACCUUCCACUCCCGACACCACCGUCUCUAUGUCCCCUACGCUUACGGCGCUCUGUACAACCACCCCUUUGAGGGUUUCCUUCUCGACACCCUCGGUGCGGGCAUUGGCUUCAAGGUGACUGGCAUGUCUCUGAUCCAGGGCACUUGCUUCUUCGCUUUCUCGACUGUCAAGACCAUUGAUGACCACUGCGGCUACGCCUUCCCUUGGGACCCUCUCCAGCUCAUCACCAGCAACAACGCCGCCUACCACGACAUUCACCACCAGACCUGGGGAAUCAAGGCCAACUUCUCCCAGCCCUUCUUCACUUUCUGGGACCAGCUCCUGGGAACCAAGUACAGUGGCAAGCGAAGCAACCGACCAAGCGCCAAGAAGCAGACCGAAAAAGCCCAAUAAACAGGCCAUUGCAUUUGGCUAUCUUCGAGAAUACGUGCAUCCACACUUUAUACAAGCGCAAAAGCACUUUUUUUAAUACUUUAUCCAUUCCAUAUCAAUGAGGGAGCAUACGACGCAAUGUUUUUUUGAAUGACAGCAGCAACCCGGCCAAACAAAUUAAUACUCUAAUUUCUUUUCUUCUUUUCUUUUAAUUGAGCUCCUUGAGCGCAAAAACUUCUUUGUUCUGUAUAUAUUUACACUACUUUCUUUUUUCCGGCAAAUUUAUCAUUAUAUGGGCUGAGCAGGUACUGUGACGGAGGAGUUGUCAAUAUUUAUAUGUCUGGGGGAGCAUGAUCAUUAUGGAGACAUGUCGGGUGUAGCCUCGACCACCUUUUGCAUGUAUAAUAAUUUAGAAUGAUUGGAGGGCGUUGCUGAUGCGAUGGGUGGGGGAUGGGAUGAGGCUUUUUACUAUUGAUAAUGUAUGAAUAUGAUUUUUGGGAAUAC